AAGCUUGUUGCCUAAAUGGAUGAGUCUGUUUCAAGGUCACACUUUUUUGAGGGGUAUAAAUCUGAUCGCGUAGUUGCGUUUAUAGGAAAAGCCGCCACGGAGAUAGGCUACGACUUCAAAAUGCUGAGUUCUUCCUUCAUUUGAUUAGAAGAUAAGAGUUUGUCUCAACCAACCCUAAAAUACAGCUGCUAUGGACUAUCCCAGUGAGGAAGAAGAAUAUGAAGAUGCCAGUGAACACCUUGAAGACGAACAACAAACCCUUUCUUCAGAAGAAACUUCUAGUGUGUCAUUUCGAAAGGAUGAAGUUACCAAGUUACAAGAUGUACCAGAACCAGGGGAAAUUUUUGUGCAGUAUAUUGGAACAAGUUCUGUUACACUUGCUUGGGAUUGCCCAGAAAACAUAUCAACAUUUGAGUUGACUUACUCCUGCCUCACAACUACAAAGACAUCUACUAUCUCAAAUGUCAAAGCCAUAGAGAUUGAAGGCUUAUGUCCAGGAACUGAGUACACUUUCAGCCUUGUUUCAAUAACUGAAAAUGGAGAUCGAAGUGUGGGAGUUGAAGUGACUACAUGCACCAAGCCAGUCCCACCUUCAGACUUCAAAGCUGAGAGUGUGGAUACCACAUCAGUUACUCUAAUUUGGGAUGCAUUUAACUGUAUAGACAAGAAGUUCCAUGUAGUCUGCUGCCAGAAUGGAAAAAACAUUCAGGAAAAGAUGACAGAAUCAGACACCGUGGUUUUCAGUGGUCUACGUCCUGGGAAUAAGUACUCUUUUCACAACACAACAGUGCUUCCAAAUGUCAGAAGUAAAGAAGCAGUGACAUUUGCUCAAACCAAAACAAACAUUCAAAGUCUCUUGGAAGAUUUAAGGUUGGAGCAAUACUAUCCAAACAAACUUUCACUCAGUGCUGUGCUACAGAUUGACAAGAGGGCAGUGACAGAUGAGUCAGUCCAAUCAUUGUCAUCUUUACCAUGGCUGUUCCUGAAGAAACUGAUGAUGGUGAAUGUGACUGCAAGAAGUGUCAAAUGUUCUCUUUUGUCAUCUGAUGAGACUGAAGAUUUGUCAAGCUUAGAGAUUUACAAUGAUCCAAUGGAUUUUCUUAGUGAUCAGAACAAGAGUGUAAACCCUUUAGACAUAGUGACUGCACUCUUUCUUUGUUCAGAUGGUUUCCUACAGCAGGAAAUGGUCUCAAAAAUGUCAAUGUGUCAGUUCUCUGUACCUUUGCUUCUUCCUAACUGUAACACUCAACAGUGCACGUUCAUGCUUUGGGCAAUGAGAGAUAUUGUGAAGAAAUAUAGACCACACUCCUUGUCAGAUCAAAGAGGCUUUGUUGAAGACAGAAUUGUUUACUCUCAGCUCCCCCUAGUGUCUUUUGUCAGACUUGGUGAAUGCAGCAUUUCUAAAUCUCAGAUCUUGAACAAAUUGCUCAGCAACCCACAACAGUAUCAUGAUACAUUUGUGCAUCAUGACAUGGAUUGUGGAGACAUCCCAAGAAGAAUAUCAAGUGGCUUGGUGGAGAUGAGUUGGUAUCUGCCAUGUGGAAACAAAAACAUUGAUAUCUUUCCUGAACCUGUGGCCGUUGCAAACUUGAGAGGUGACAUCAGCACCUUUGAAACACAGUAUUCUUUACUUUGUCAGAUCUCCACUGCAGUUUUUGUGUUCUUUGACAAUUUGGACACAAACUACAGGUUGCUUACCAAUCAACAUGCUAAGGCACAAUUGUUUUUAGUGGGAAAUGUACAUGGGAAUGCCUUCAAUUUGGAGCAGCUAAAACAAACAGCCACCGAAAUGAGUUUAAAAAAAAGCAAUAUAAUUCUGAAGACCAAGCAAAAUGAUGUGAAUUUUGUCAAAAAUCUGCAUUCUACAAUAAACUACAUUAUUAGUAGUCUCCCAAACGGAGUAUGUUUGGAAGAAAUGGAGACUAUAGCACAUGAACUUGGGAUUCUGGCUGAUGAAGAUGGUAAAGAAUGUCAGAAGGCCAAAAAAAAUGCAGAUGCCAUUACAAAACAUAUACAGGACACACUGCAGUUCAAACAGGAUCAGCUUCCCCUACAGGGUAAAAUCUGGAAAGAUUUGGCAAAAUUGGAAAAAGAGGAAUGCAGACUCCGGAAAGCUGGCGAUCAAAACAUUGAGAGAUACAAGAGUGAUCUCCAGAUUAAAAAGACUGAACUUAGGAAACAACAGAGUAAAUAUGAUAUCUCAGGAGCAAUGAGUUGCUUUGUUAGUGCACUAACUAGCUCGAGCCAGGAGAGGUCCUACUUCCUGAAGUGGAUGCGGAUGAACCUUGACAAUCUCUCUCGGAAAAGUCUCUCUUGCCUUCAAGAACAGUACAAAGAAAAGUGUCAGCAAUAUUCAGAAAACAAAGAGGAAAUUGCAAAGCUUGACCAACAGAUCUCUAACAGUUCCUUAGGAACAGAGCACUUCUUGCGUGAAAUGGGUCAGCUAUAUGAAGCCGCGGUGUCUCUUCCAGAAAACUUAGAAUCACGUAAACAAAUGCUUCACUUACCUAGGCUAUGUGCUGAGCUGAUGUUGGAUGGCUUCCCUCUGGAACUUGUUGAUGGAGAUGCAUCAAAUAUUCCUCUCAGAUGGGUCAGUGAUGUGCUUCUGCAUUUAAACUCUUUGGUGCAGCCCAAUAAUAAAAUCAUGGUGAUCACAGUUUUAGGAGUCCAGAGCACAGGAAAGUCCACCUUGCUGAACACCAUGUUUGGAGUUCAGUUUGCAGUCAGCAGUGGGAGAUGCACCAGAGGAGCUUUCAUGCAGCUGAUCAGAGUCACAGAGGACAUCAGAGAAGAACUUGGCUGUGAUUAUUUAGUGAUUAUUGAUACCGAAGGCCUGAAAUCCCCAGAGCUGGCAAAACUAGAUGAUAGCCAUGAACACGACAAUGAAUUAGCUACACUUGUGGUUGGAUUGAGUGAUAUUACAAUUAUCAAUAUCGCAAUGGAGAACUCCACAGAGAUGAAGGAUAUUCUGCAGAUUGUGGUCCAUGCAUUCCUCAGAAUGAAGGAAAUAGGCAAAAAACCCAAGUGUCAGUUUGUCCACCAAAAUGUAGCUGAUGUAUCAGCACAUGACAAGAACAUGAGAGAUCGGAAGCUUCUGCUGGAGCAGCUGAAUGAGAUGACAGAGGCAGCAGCUAAAAUGGAGAACAAGGAGGAGUAUAAAAGCUUUACCGAUGUGAUGGAGUAUGAUCCAGAGACCUGCAAUUGGUACAUCCCUGGACUCUGGCAUGGAAAUCCUCCAAUGGCACCAGUGAACGCUGGCUACUCUGAGUCUGUUUAUGACCUUAAAAAGAAAAUUACUUCCAUAAUUGCAAAAUGCAAACACAAAAGAUCUGGAAACAACAUAACAGAAUUUUUGGAAUGGACAAAAAGCUUGUGGAAUGCAGUAAAAUAUGAAAAUUUCAUAUUUAGCUUCAGGAAUAGCUUGGUGGCUGAUGCAUACAUGAGACUGUGCACAGAGUUUCAUAAAUGGGAAUGGUCUUUCAAGAAACAUAUGCACACUUGGUUAAUAGAAGCUGAAACCAGAGUGUCAAAUUUUGAGAUAAUGAAACUGAAAUCAGACAAGUACGACUUGCAAGAUCUUUUAUGCAAACUGAAACAAGAAGCUGCCACAAAGCUUGACACCUUGGAAAAGACCACUAUGGAAAACCUGUCCAAAUACUUUGAACAAACAGAGGGUCAUAUCUAUCUUGUGGAAAAAUACAAAGAAGAUUUUGUGAGUAGUGUAAAAUCUCUCAGGAGGGAAACCGAAAGCUCUCUGCUGACACAGCUUGAGGCAACAGUGGAUAUCAGGAGAGGAAUGAAUAAUCUGGACAACAUCAAGAAAACAUUCACUGAUACAAUGGAGAAAAAAGUGUUGAGUCUACUGGAGGAGUUGCAGAGAAACAGCAGCUCAAAAAGUGAUGCACACAAGACUGACGAGGAGCUUGACAGAUUUUUUGAAACAAUAUGGGAAGAAACUGUCAAGGAGCUGUCAUUUAGUGGCUUGAAGAAGGCAAACAUAUUUGAUUGUGUUUUCAAGCAACUUCGGGAGAACAUGAAACAGAAAGGAAGUUCUGUUGCAGUAGAAUUAAAUCGAGUGAAUCUAAAGGAUUGUGGCACAGGGGCCUUUAAAAUCACCAAAGAAUUCUUUCUCAAAAGAUUGUGGAAAUGUUUAACUAAUGAUAAUUCUACUUUGAACUUACAGGAAUUGGCAGAUAAUGUAAUUCAGGCAUGCUCUCAGUUUGUCCUGGAAAAGACCGAGACCCGAUCAGAUUACCACAACAACUACAUUCAAGAGAUCCUGAACAUAAUUGAUGAAAGAUUUGCUUCUAAUAAGAAAAUGGGAUUUUCAGAAGAAUUUGAACUAUCCCUCAAAUUGUACAUUUGUGGCUUCUCUGCACGAAAAUUUCAAAACAUGCAUGAUGGUUACAUUAUGGAGAAUGACCCACGUAGAUGCCUUGAUCAGUUUAAAGACAAAUAUCGUAAUGAUUUCAAAGAUCUGUUCCACGAUCGUGAUCAGUGUCAGAGAAAGGCAGAAGAAUUCACCAAUCUGUGCUUGAUUCCUGCAGUUGAGACAUUCAUCUACAGCUCAUUGGGUCCAGACAUUGUUGACAAAAUGCUUCAGGGUAAAAAUGCAUUUCAAUUCAGCACCCGCGCAUUUUUCCAGUACUCACUCUUAAAGCAGCUUGUCAAUGAAGAUAAUUUUAAGCAGUAUGUGAAAUAUAUUUGCUCCUAUGAGCAUUUUGUUAAGGGCUGGAUAUUAGAUCAAAUCACUGAACAGUUUUCAAAUGGACAUGAAGUGUCUGAGUUGGAGGAACGUCAUCUCAGAGGAAUCACCAAUGAGAUACUGGAAGCCAUCAAAAUGGCACAGAAUGAAACAAAUGAAGAUGGAAUAAAAGGAUUCAUCCAUUGCAUUUGUAGGAAGCUUGGACAAAAACUAAGAAUUCCCAAGGAUGCACUUGAAACAGUGAUUGUUCUAAACAAUGCAUCUCAAGAGCCAUUUGCUUGCUGGCUAACUCGAUCUGUAGAGGAAAUGGAACAGAUGCUGAAGGAAAAAUUCAAGAAAGGCAACUUACAGAGCAAAUUGUGCAAACUCAAAAUAAAACCCCAGGAUGAGCUCUUCAAGCGAGUGUUUGGAUGUGGGAAACAGUGUCCAUUCUGCAAAGCUCCAUGUGAGGCUGGUGGAGAGGCCCACACAGAUCACUGUGCUUCAGUACACAGACCUCAGGGACUUGGUCAUUACAGAAAUGAAGGCACUAAAAAAUUAGUGACUAAUAUCUGCUCUACAGAUGUCCACAGUGAAGUAAAGUUUAAGUGUGCUGAGACUGAUUUUGAAUACCAUCCUUACAAAAGAUACAGAGAAAUCUUUCCUGACUGGCACAUCCCUGCUGAUGCUAGCAUACAGGCCUCAGACUACUGGAAAUAUGUGAUGGUUCGGUUUGCAACACAGUUUGCCAAAGAAUACAAUGCAUAUCCUGCUGAUAUACCCAUCACUUGGAAAUUAAUCACAAAGCAGCAAGCAGAGAACAGUCUCAAAGAGUCUUUCAGCAUCAAGUAAACCAUCAUGUUUUCUCUCAAAAGUAGAUUUUAAUCUUGUGAUGUGACAGCACUCCCUCCUUUCAGCCUACAAAAAUGAAACAAAAUGCUCUACAAAAUGUAGGCCACCAGUAACAUGGUCAUCAGAACAAAUAUUAACAAUGUUUAUAACCUUUCCUCGUAAUAUGAAAAUGUUAUUGUUGCUUGCAAAUGGCUUCAGCUAGUUACCAACAAUACUUGUGCCUAUACCGAAGUUAAAAAUAAUCAUGCAAAAGUAAAAAGUAAAUGAAUCAAGUGAAUGGCAUGUUUCAAGUGUUCAAAUUUGUAAAAAAUUGCUGUAAAUUUAUGGCCAAUUCCUACAGCAAUCUACUGUGAUUCUUAAAUACAGUAGUUUGCUGUUAAAAAUGUUGCAUUCUGGGAGAUGAAGAGCAGGCUCACUGUGAAGUGACUAGUUUUACGGUAAAUAGCUGUUCUGUGCAAGGCAUUAAGGGAAAAUGAACAUUUAAAAUCAUGAUAUCAACUUGGUGAAAGCUAUAGUGACAUUUUGAAAUGUAUAUUUUAACCCCCCCCCCCCCCCCCCCAUGAAAAUGUUUGUUUGUGGCACAUGGUUAGUGUUCAUGAUGUUUCUGACCAACACCUCUGUUCUUUAUCAUCUCACAUCAGCCGACAUUUGUCUGUCUAAUGAGAAGUCAAAUAAAAUAAAAAAAAUCAACCUUAGAAGCAAUGUACAUAUCAAAUGUACAAUUUUGCCAGGAUUAUUUUUUAUGAAAGAAAAAAAAAAACAACAACAACAAUCUGUACACAUAAAAUAACAGUAUAGCACUGCACUGUGGGUUAUAAUGGUGAAAUACCCACAAGUCGUUGCGCUUGAAUAAGUAUGUGUGCUUUGGCAAAUGCAUUGGAGCUACAAAAAUUGUAAAAAAAAAUAAAAUAAAAAAAAAACGUACCAAAUUAUUUAUUCAGACUUAGUAGAAAUCUUAGUUUAAUUAGUGUUGUUGUUUUGUUAUCAAUAGUUGUUUGAUUGAAGUCACCAUUAUGGUGAUUAGUGAUCUCUUGAGCUGGCACCUUGGACCUAUUUUAUUAUUAUAUUAUGUUCUUCCAGACAGUCAAUUUACAUUUAAGUAAAAGACAAGUUGAUGCACUGUGCUACUUGGAAAACUAAAUCUAAGGUCAGCUUGAAUAUCUGAUCCUACCUUGCAAAUGGCACUAUAUGUGGCAAUAGUGAUGCAUUACACAUAAAAAAAAUAAAGGAAAAACAAUAAAGGAUAUUUCAGCAAAAUUAUAUCUGCGAAUUGAGUGUUUGAUGAACUUACAGCAGAACCCAUGUUUGAUGAAGUUACAGCAUAACUCGAGCUGUUUUCAAGACACACAUAUAUCAACUCUCGGCAUACAAAAUGCAGCAGUGGUGACAAUUAACAAACAUACUUUUAUGUAAAAAAGUAAGAGCUGAACAUUAAAAUCCAAGUAACUUAGACUACAACAAAAACAAUGUUAAAAUAAACCAGUAAAUAGUAAAAAAUCGAAGUAAUUUCUUCAUGCCGCAGUGCAUGCGGGGAACAUAACAGUUAAUUUCAACAACAGUAGAUAGUAUGUAAUUUGACAGCUAUAUGCUGCUAAAUUACAGUUGUAUACUGUAGCUGUAAAAACAGUAUCUAGCUUUUAAUUUCAGCAACAGCAAGACACCGUUAAUUUUACAGUAACAUGCUGGCAAUCCUGCUGCCAGUUCUUUACUGUUUUUUGACGGGCAAAUCUUUAAGAGUGUACCAUGGGGAAUGUCUCAUAUGUUAGUACAAGUGGUUAAUGGAAUUUCAUUUAAAUUUUUGUUGUUUGUUGUUUGAUAGAUAUAACUCUCAUACAGUGUAUGUUUUGUGGUAAUAGAUAAUGUACAACUUAUAUUCUAACUUUUUAUUCUCAUCUACAUUUUAUUUUUUAUUUCUUUAUAAUAAGAUGCUACGUAUACAGUAUACAGUGGGUUAUACAGUACUGUAUUAUUACCUCAAUACUUCUGUGUUUCUUAGCAGCAGAAACCAUGAAUAACAAUUUGUAUGUUCGUAGAUGAAAUACACAGGUCUUGAUUUUGAUGUAUUGUCAUUUUGACAGCUUAUUGUUAUCAAGAUAGUAAUCCAUCUGAAUGGGUCUAAUAUAAAAUAGUUUUUUCUUUAUUAGUGUUAUGUCUGUUUUAUCCAGCUGGAUCUAAUGUUAUUGUCUCGUUAAGACAAAUCACUUGUGUUGUAGUAUUCCUCACAUAUAAGUCUAUUUGGAAUAAAGUGCUUGCUGAAUGAAUUAAAGUAAAUAAAACUGUAUGUUUUAUCACAUCUAAUACAUAUGUAAAUUGAGUUUGGUGUUUGUGUAUAAAUGUAUUUUUUAUUAUUCCAAGUAAUAAACUCUCUUCUCUCUCA